AUGACAACCUUUGCCAAAAUACCCAAAGACACCAACGAUGUUACAAUCGAGCUACGAAUCGAUCCACUUUUCACAGGCGUGGUACAUGGCCAUAGUCAUGAUGUAUCAGAAGGCUGUACGCUCAAGGGCAUUUGCGUACUACAUGUGCACAGGCCUAUACAUACUCGUAAACUCGUCAUUUCGCUUGAAGGACGCUGCAAGAUUAAUGUACGAUCCACCACCAGCAUGGCAACACCAUCACCAGAAGGCAUCGAAUGUCGAUCAUUGAUCAACAAAAUCAAAAACGUUGACUGUGAAUACUUUGAUCAUGGUGAAUACGCAUACCCUUUUGAAUUUGAACUUCCUGCAACAUUACCGGCAUCAUUUCGCGGCAAGAAUGGCUAUAUUCGAUAUCGUUUGGAAGCUGUUUUACAUCGCCGACGACGAUCCUCUGUCAUGCAUCGCCUUGUACGUGUAUCUCGAGAUAUUUGCAUUCGACGUUGCUUGUUGAGUGAUGCCAUGCAGCAUUCAGUGUACGAUACCAUUCAUGGCCAUGAGCAUAGCGACAAGUUGUCAUACAGCGCUAAUGCACCUACCAUGGUUUAUCGUGAAGGUGGCCUUGUCCCUCUCACUCUUACGAUUGAGCUCACUCAUCCUGGAACGCAAAUUGUGCGCUCCGUCACUUGUGCCUUGCGAGAACGUAUCCUUUAUCAAACCACCGGCCAACAAUCGCUCACAUGUCAAUCGGUCUCGAAAACAGAUGAUUUGUUUCCACUUGGAUGGAGUACUUUUUAUCCUUCAGAGAAUCCAAAGUAUAAUCCAAAUCACAAGCAUGAGUAUAAUGCUGUAUUCAGAAUAUGCCCACGCGUCAAUGCAGAUAUCAAUACACGCCUCAUAAGGGUUACACAUGCACUUGUUGUCAAUAUUAUGGUGCAACAAGACAACAAUGAACACCUACCAUCAACAGCACCACCAUCUCCUCAUCAACUUGAUUCGGAUACGCUAUCUGCAUCGGCCCAACCACUGCCAUCACCACCAUCAACUCCUCAAAAUCAUGGUUUGAUUCGAUCAUCAUCAUCAUCGUCGCUGCGUUCUCUCUCAGAGGAUCUUGUCAAGGAAGCUGCUAGUGCACUAUCAUCCAUCACACGUCGCAAUAGUCAUUCAAGCUUGAGCCAUGAUCAGCAGUCGAAGAAAAUGUAUUCAUGUACUCUUGAGUGUCCAUUGAUAGUCACUUGCAGAGAACACUAUUGGGAAGGUGAACGACCUCAUCCACCAGCGUAUCAGGACACUGAAGCACCACCAUCAUAUGGCCUAGCAGUGGAACAACUUCCUCCUGUACCAUGCUAUGAUUAA